AUGGCGAGUGAAGACGAUGAGAAAGAGAGGCUCCUGCCCAAAAUAGGCACAACUACAUCAGUAAUCUGGAACUGGUACCGCUUUGCUGAAACAGAUGAAAAGCAAACAACACCGCUUUGCAAAGUGUGUCUGAAACCAGUUGUCGUUACCUGCAGCAGCACGACAAAUCUGUUUCAACACUUGAAACGAAAACAUCCCACCGAAUGGGAGAAAUGCUGCGUUCUACGGAAAGAAAGCAUUCCUAGCCGUACUUCCACUGCUAAGUCAACAUCUGCCAAACAAUCCACUCUACCGCAAAGCUUUUCAAGCUGUGUCCCGUAUGAGAAGAGUGGAGCAAGAUGGAAAGCUAUUACGGAUGCAAUUACAUACUUCAUAGCCACCGACAUGCUUCCGAUUUAUUCAGUAGAGAAGAGGGGGUUUCAGCAUAUGCUAAAGGUUCUGGAUGCUCGGUACAACGUUCCUAGCCGCAAGUACUUUUCGGGUGUUGCGCUUCCUCAACUGUACAAUCUUACUCGACAGAAGGUGUUAAGCGAGUUGCAAGGAAUUGAUUUUUAUGCUGCCACUACGGACUUGUGGUCUAGUCGAACCAUGCAGCCGUACAUGAGCCUUACGGUUCACUACGUCAACGAAAGUUGGAAAAUUCGAAGUGUGUGUCUACAAACCUCAUACUUCCCGCAGGAUCAUACAGGCGAAAGCAUAGCUCUCGAGUUAAAAGACGCACUCAGCAGCUGGAGCCUUCCCGAGGAGCGACUGACCUGCAUCACAACCGACAGCGGCUCCAACGUAAUUAAAGCCAUGAAAGACAACAACUGGCCUAACCUGAAAUGCUUUGGGCAUCGACUCCAUAAUGCCAUAGUGAAUGGUGUUAAAGAUGAUAAAACAGAUCGUGCCCUAGGACUGUGCCGAAAGGCAGUUUCUGCCUUUUCGUACAGUUGGAAGAAACGAAGGGACAUGGCUGAACUGCAAACUGAGCUUGGCCUUCCUCCUCAUCAGCUGAUAACAGAGUCCCCAACCAGAUGGGGUUCGCGUCAAAAAAUGAUAGAACGCUUUUUGGAACAAGAGAAGGCCAUAACCCGCAUACUAGCGGGUGAUAAGAAAACACGCCAUCUCAUUCCAACGUGGCAGGAUCUUGAGGUGCUAGAAGCCAUAAACAAAGCCAUACAGCCCCUCCAAGAAUUCACAGAUGCGUUAUCAGGGGAGUCAUAUGUGAGUGUGUCCUGUAUCAAACCCGUACUACAUCUCUUCCGAACCAACCUCCUGCAGGCACAAGAGGGUGACCUACCCCUCAUCACUACAAUCAAGAGGAACAUUCUCAGCUACUUGGAAGACAAGUACAGCGAUCCAGAGAAUGAUGAACUCUUAGACAUGGCAUCAAUGAUGGACCCAAGAUUCCGCACCACCUACAUCACCCCUGGAAAAUUGGACAAAAUCAAGGAGAGCGCCAUAAAUGAGCUUGCGGAUCUUUGCCUGGAUGAGCGCCCUACUGAGCAACCGCUGGAGAAGAGCUCCCCAAAGAAAAAAAAUUUAGCUGCUUUCUUCAAGAAAGCAGCGCCUGCUGCUGGGUCACAGUCCUACAAGUCAGAAAAGGACAGAAUUGAAGCAGAGCUGACAUCCUACUUACUGGGUCCUGAGGUGGACCCUGACACUGACCCACUUGAUUGGUGGAAGCGGCAUGAGCCCAACUUCAGCAGACUCAGUCGCCUGGCCAGAAAAUAUCUCGCCAUUCCAGCAACUAGCGCUCCGUCGGAGAGAGUUUUUAGUGUGGGUGGGGGUAUAGUUACCUGCAACCGAGCUUGUCUGAAGCCUGAUGUUGUGGAUAGGCUCAUUUUUCUUGCGAAAAAUGUUUAA